GGACGUGGACAUGCACGACCGUUCAUUGGAGAAUUAAUCUGCAUCGUCAAGGCAAUGAUAAAGCCAUCUUUUGUGCAGUAUCACAUUUAAAAGUCAAUCUUAUUCAUUUACAGCGACAGAGUCAACCGACAUGUUCAUUUUCUGGCUCUGAACAUACUGUCCGUGUAAAGGAAAUAUAAAAAAUAGGAGCUAACGUUGACCUAAUGUGUUAACGGUCGCUGCUCUGCACCCGCUGCUCGCCUCCUCUCUUCCCGGUUAUCUCAGCUCUGGUGUCACUAUGGACGGCCCUCUUCUCCCGCUGCUCAUCGUAGUGCUGUCAGCCUGGUGUGUAGUCGGAGACCCGGCGGCAUCGGAUCAUGUGGACGGAGCUCCGCCUUCUAAAAUAGCGGUGGUCGGGGCGGGGAUAGGAGGCAGCGCCACAGCCCAUUUCCUGCGGCAGCACUUUGGCCCUGAGGUCCAGGUGGACGUGUUUGAGAAGGGCGAGGUCGGAGGCCGCCUCGCCACUGUAACCGUCAAUCACAACGACUACGAGUCUGGAGGUUCAAUCAUUCACUCCCUCAACCUCCACAUGCAGGAGUUUGUCAAACAGCUAGGUUUAAAGUAUCGCCGCAGCGUGGCGGGCAAGACGGCGGUGUUUAACGGUGAGGAGGUGAUUCUGGAGGAGACAGAUUGGUACCUGCUGGACAUGUUCCGGCUGUGGUGGCGCUACGGCAUCAGUUUCAUACGCCUGCAGAUGUGGGUGGAGGAAAUUAUGGAGAAAUUCAUGAGGAUCUACAAGUACCAAGCCCACGGCUACGCCUUCAGCUCGGUGGAGGAACUGCUGGACUCUCUUGGGGGAAGUGGUUUCAUCAACAUGACCCGGAGACCCCUCUCUGUUUCGCUGCUGGAGCUUGGUGUGUCGCAGCGUUUCAUCGACGAGGUCAUCGAGCCCGUCAUGAGGGUCAACUACGGACAGAACGUCAGCAUCCCCGCCUUUGUAGGCGCUGUGUCUUUAGCUGGUGCCCAGAACAACCUGUGGGCGGUGGAAGGAGGCAACAAGCUGGUGUGUUCUGGCCUGCUGAAGAUGGCCAACGCUAACCUGCUGCAAGCACAAGUCAGCACAAUCUCGCCCGUUUACUCAGGGGAGGCGCCUCAGUACCAGCUGAGCUUCAGCUCAGCUUCGGAGACGGGAUCAGAGCUGUAUGACAUCGUGGUGUUGGCGACGCCACUCCAGGCCAGCGUCAGGUCCGGAGUCCAGUUCCAAGGAUUCACCCCUCCCUUUGACGAGCUCCCCGGCAACUAUCACAGCACUGUAGCAACCAUCGUCCAUGGUUACCUCAACACCUCUUUCUUUGGUUUCCCGGACCCUCGCCUCUUCCCCUUCGCCAGCGUCUUGACAACUGAGACGCUCGAUGUGUUUUUCAACAGCGUGGCGAGUGUUUGUCCCGUCAACAUCUCGACAGGCUUCCGGCGUAAGCAGCCACAAGAGGCCGGAGUCUAUAAAGUCUUCUCUUCGCAACCUCUGGAAAAGGCUCAGCUGAAAACACUGUUCAGGUCCUACUACUCCGUGCAGGUGACCGAGUGGCAGGCCUACCCUUGUUACGGCAGCAGCCAGGGACUCCCCCCUGUGGAGCUCCAUCCCAAUCUCUACUACCUCAAUGGCAUCGAGUUGGCCGGCAGCGCCAUGGAGAUGAGCUCAGUGGCGGCCAAGAACAUCGCCCUACUGGCUUACCACCGCUGGAACAGACAGACGGACAUGGUGGACCAGAAAGAUCUGAUGCACAAGAUCAAGACUGAACUAUGACCCUGUAAAAGAGUUAUAGCAUCACAGAGCUGACGUGUGAGAAAAGGUCUAUAUUAAGGUCUUCAAUUUUACAGUUUGACUUCUGAGACUGGCAAAGUGUAUUUAGAGACGCACCCAAGGGAUAUAUUACAAAACACAUGUAAUGCACUGAAUCAAGGAUAAACAUGUUGAACAUAAUCUGACCCUGUCUAUCCUUAAUACACUUAAACAUACAACAGAGUAACCGGCAAAUAUCAAAGUAGGGCUGCACAAUGUAUCGUUUCAGCAUCCACAUCGCCGUGUGCGCAUGCGCAGUAGUGACAUCGCAGCACGUGCUUUGUCAAGUAAAGCAAAUUCACUCAAACACGUCAUGCUACAAUUGUUUUUCUACGUGAAACCAAAGGAAAACAUGUUCAUGAUGAUCUACAAGAGAAGCCGGUCUGACGUCAUUUACUCCGAUUUAAGGGUUCUUGGUUACACACAGUUUGUUGCUAGUGAGCGACAUGCAGGCUCUGCACGCACAGUGAACCACCAAUCACAAUCAUUCUUGAUCAGUUUAUCAAACAAACAAAGCAGGCCAAGCAAAAAUGACCCAAAAUGAAGAUAUGGUUGCAAAAACAAAAUACGCAAUUGUAUGGAAAUAUUUUGGCUACACACAGUUUGAUGCUUUGUCGUCAUCUGGUGAGAAUUCCUGUAUUUUUUUCAUAUUGCAAAAGAAAUUUUGCUAUGUCCAUUUUUUCCGAUAUUGUGCAGCCCUAUAUCAAAGUCAAAAUCAAAUUUUAUUUGCGACUGUGGUCCUGCGCUACUGGCCAAAGGCCAGUCUGAUUUUGCUGAUUUUCUUCGUUCUCUAUGGCAGAGACAUACACGACACAUUGUUCCGUAUUGUUUGGGGAUUGAUUGCUUAUUUCUUAUAUGGUAGUUUCAUCCAAAUAUUCAGCUGCUGGAAGCUUUUCUUAGCCAAGAAAUAAGGAAACAGAGCAACUAUGGAAAACACCAGCUAAUAUUUAUCUAUUAUAAUAUAUAAAUGUACUAAAGUAUUGAAGUAAAUAUACUGUUUGGAGACACUGUUUUAUUGAGUUGCUGGUGGUGUAAAAUGAACACCAGUUAAUAUGAAUACCAUUCUAAGGUCACUGGUGCUGAGUAAUUAAAUGACCUUGUGUCCAAGUCCAGAAAAGACUCAUGAAAUCAAGAUUGAGAGCAUGAAUGAGACUCUUUUAAACAGCUACCUUUUGUCUGUGCUGUAACAGCUGUCGGGUGAGAGAUGGAUCGUUUAUUUAACUGCCCUGAGGCACAUAAACCAGCCCUCUGUCCUAUAAUCAAAAACAACCGCAGCACUGCUAUUACUGUAUACAUUGAAGGACUGUUAAUGGACUUGCUGCACCAAGGAGAUCUCAUUUAGUAAUCUCAGUAGGAUUUUUGUAAAUUUAAUAAAAUCAUUAUUCAGUGA